AUGACACCACCUCCACCUCCACCUCCACAACCACCUCCACCUCCACCUCUAGAUCCAACUCUACCACCUCCAACAUCGCCUCCACCACCGCCUCCUCCUCAACCUCAGCCAACUCCUCCUCAACCAUCCCCACCACCACCACUACCACAACCACCACAUCCACCUUCAUCAUCACUAUCACCACCACCACCAUCUCCGCCACCACCUUUUUCACCACCACCUUCACCUUCAUCUCUUUCACCACUACCACUACCACCAUAA